GUUGUUCUUGCCUGAGUCCAGUGCUGUAAAAGAAGAAAUUGGGUUCAAGCUGUGCACAAGAAAACAAAGCAGAAGAAAGAAAGAAAGAUUCAAUUCGGAAACUUAUUUGAGGUUCUUUUUCAGAAGCUGAUUUCAGAAUGGAAGAUUUUCAAGAGAGUCUGUCACCUUCCUCCUCUUUGUCCUUGUCCUCUACUUCCUCCUCUUCACCUAUCCCACAUCCAUCAUCACCUUCCUCUUUAUCUUUCCCCUCUUGUUCUUUCUCUUCAUCUAACCCACAUCCAUUGUCAAUUGAUGCUGAACUCUGGUUGAUGGCUGAGCAGAGAACCCAGGAGAUACUAUGUGUUAUUCAACCUGCUUUGGUUUCUGAGGAAAGGCGGAAAAGUAUUAUUGGUUACUUUCAGAGGCUAAUCAAAGGUUACUAUGGCAUUGAGGUGUUCCCAUUUGGCUCAGUGCCAUUAAAAACCUUCCUUCCUGAUGGGGAUAUUGAUUUGACUGCUCUUAUUAGUCAUCAAAAUUUGGAGGAAAAUUUGGCAAGAUAUAUCUGCAGUAUCUUAGAAGAUGACCAGCAGGACUCUGAUUUCCUAGUGCAGGAUGUCCAAUAUAUUCGUGCACAGGUUAAGAUUGUGAAAUGCACUGUGAAUAAUAUCCCAGUGGACAUCUCUUUCAAUAAAAUGGCGGGUCUGUCUGCACUAUGCUUUCUGGAGAAGGUUGACCAAAUUGUUGGGAAAGAUCAUCUUUUCAAACGCAGUAUCAUCUUGAUCAAGGCCUGGUGCUAUUAUGAGAGCCGAAUUCUUGGUGCACAUCAUGGCUUGAUUUCUACAUAUGCAUUAGAAACAAUGAUCUUAUAUAUCAUUAAUAUCUUUCACUCAUCAUUAAGCGGUCCACUGGAGGUGCUUUAUAAGUUUUUGGACUACUACAGCACAUUUGAUUGGGCAAAUUACUGCAUCAGUAUAACUGGUCCAGUUUCCAUAUCUUCCCUUCCAGCAGUUAUGGCUAAGACUCCAGAAAAUGAUGGUGAUGAACUUCUGCUUAGUCAGGACUUUCUGAGGAAUUGCAGAGAAAUGUUUUCUGUUCCAAUGCAAUCUCUUGAGAUUGGGGCCCAUGCUUUUCCCAUCAAGCAUUUAAACAUCAUGGAUCCUUUGAAAGAAAAUAACAACCUAGGGCGAAGUGUAAGCAAAGGUAAUUUCCAUCGAAUAAGAUGUGCUCUUUCCUAUGGAGCCCAAAAGCUUGGGGAAAUCCUCAUGCUACCAGGUGAAAAUAUGGGUAUGGGACUUGAAAAGUUCUUUGUUAAUACUUUGGAUCGGAAUGGAAGAGGACAGAGGCCAGAUGUACAAGUUCCAGUACAUGCCUUUGGCACUGGCAGAUCUGAAGUGUCUGAUCUGAGUGGAGACUAUGACGGAUACUAUAAUUGUCUACUAUAUAGUCAUUGGUUUCAUAGCUAUGCCUUGCCUGUUCCUACCCAGCCAAUCACUGUAUCAUCAUCUUCUCAGACACAAAAAAAGAGUGCAUGGGAUGCCCUACGCCGGUUUGUGAGGUGCAAAGGAAACAUUUUUUUCCGGAGGGGCACUAAUGUAUUUAUUCCAAAACUUCCAUUCUCUCAUCCUCGUGCUCUCCAGUUACCAGCUGCUACAUAUGGUAUUGACAAGAUGACAAAGUCAAGAGGAACAGGCACUUACAUCCCUGACGUGACCCAUCAGUCUUACAGAGAGAUGCAAUCGUGGGUAUGUACAAGAAAUCCUGAGUCUUCUAUUCCUGGCCUGUUGCAUAACUCACCAAAAGAAAACAAUCGGUUUGAAAAUUCCCUGGAGAUACACCACAGUGGAAAUGGUUGCUGUCUUGAUCUUUCACCAGAGCAAUUCCCUCUUCUUCCGAGCAUCGAAAGAACCAUGACAACCGCUCAAUCUAGUCAGCCCACGGUGAAGAGUCCACAGGAUGAGAAUGGCUCUCAAUCAUUACCAGAUAUUAAAUUUGGUAUUUAUGAGUGUUCAUCCCCAAUAGGAAUGCAUUCACCACCACCUGAGCAGACAGACUCCAGAUUAUGCAUGCCUACAAUUGAAAAGCAGAAGGAAAAAGAACUUUGCGAGUUUAAUGAAGAAAGGUACUGUAGGGCUCCUGUAGAACCUUUCCAACUGAAAGAUGAUAAUGACUUCCCUCCUUUAUUAUCCAUUUGAAAGAAUUUUCAGAGAGUCUGCAACUGCAAGUCAACCGAAGGAACAAUCAACAUGUCCAAGCUCACCUGUUAACCAUGAGAUUGGCCUGCCUGCAGUACCAUAUGUCGAAGACACAGUUUUGCCUUCCUUUUCCCCUCUCCCUUCUGUAAACUAGAGGGAUAUAGCAAAUGAUGAUAGACCUUUUUUAUCUAUGACAAUCUUUCAGGGUUAUUUUUAUCAAGCAGCUAAUAACCCUUUUUUUCAUCUACAAUCUAAAUUAAGUUUGAAUAGCUGUUUGGCCUGGUGCAUGAUACUGAGUAACAUGAGCUUUGGUAUGUCUGUAAUAUAGCGGACUUGGAGCUCAGCUAUGGCUGGCACAGAACUCACAGUACCUUUGCAACAUAUACACAUACGUAAUAAAUUACCAUGCAUGUGCAAAGACACACGUGAGCCUUUGGGAUCACAUACAUGAUCACGCAUACAAGCAUGCAUGCACAUAUGAUGGCUAUGUGUUCCCAUACUUGCAGAGCCCUCCAAUUCUUGCAUGUGCACAUUCAUUUAGCGCAGGUUUAGCGGCUUUUCAGGGAACCAAAUUUAGUGAUUUGUGGAAGGCAUUGAAAUCAGGUGUAGAAAUCAUCCUUCAAACCUAUCUUCAUACAGGACAACCUUCGAAGAUAAAAACUGGAAGUAACCGACAGUAUCUUCCAACUUGAUCGUUGUACUUUUGAAUGACCAACCGGUAAGAGUCGCAUUUUACAAUUGACAUAAUUCUGGUUUUUCU